GUUAUUUUUCCACCGAACCUAUCCAUGUACUUAGCUUAUUCCGUCCUAAACUAAUAACUGUUGACCGCGAGCCGAUGCUACGCUACUACGACACGGCUACAAUCCAUUGGCCUUGUUAGCUUGUAUAGGGCGUCUCAAUUCCUCCCUUUCUCAACAUAGAGAAGACCCAAUAUACACGGGAUCAACGAGAACAUAUUAGCAUGGCCACCAACAAAACUCCUGAUCAAGCUAAACUUGGCUCCGCACGUCGAAAGCGAGCUCGACUCCAAGACGAGCCAGACUCAUCCCCAAUAGCCUCGCCGAGUAUAGCUGCUACCGCUAAGCGGCGUCGUCUCAACGGUCUCGCGAGCAUUAACUCCUCCCCGUCUACUCCAAAGGGCCUCUCGGCCAUUUCUACCGCCCACCGCAACGCUCUGCGAUCAACCAAACCAACUACAGCUAAGAGCGCUAGCCAUCCUCAAUCUGCCCAGACGAAGCCGAUAGGCAAGGACGACGCCUACGAUGUACCCGGAUCUUCGAGUGCUGACGAGUUGGAAAUCAAGAAGUUGCAAAGCCUCCCUAUAAAACACAAGAAGCUAGGCAUAAGGCCACCGAGCAAGAAGGCACGCCCGUCUACAGGCUCUUUUGAUAAGAGUGCCUCCAAGGCCCGGGGUUCCAAAGGGGAGGCCGAUAAUAGCCAGGGUCAAACCGCCGGGGGUCAAGCCAAUAUCCAACCAACACCAUCUGGGAGAAAUGGACCGGCCGCGAUGCCAGUCGCAUCUUCGAGGAAAAGCGUCAGCGAACGAUUACUAGAGUCACGAAAAACGCCAAAACAAGUCGAGCUGGUCGAAGACGAAACGAGUCAGAAAGCAACGCCAAAACGAAAGGGAAGGCCCCCAAACGCGCUCGCCACCAGAGCCGACGCAAACAGGUCGCCGGUAGCGAAGACCACGAGCUUGAAGGGCAUAUUGACGCCGAAGAAGCGGAAUGCCGGCCGACCGCGGAAGACCGUCGCUUUUAAUGAAGGAGGACUCGAGAAGGAGAAUGAGGUUUUCUUCGAGGACAUACCGCCAGAAGAUGCGGACUCCGAGCUGCAGAAAGCCGUGGGUGCUGGGAUUGACGACGGGUCUCCCGAAGAAGAGGGGGCGGGGACGGGCGAGUAUGAAGACGACGAAGUUUGUGCCAUCUGUUCCAAGCCUGACUCCGAACCUCCGAACGAGAUCGUUUUCUGCGAGAAUUGCAACAUGGCCGUGCACCAAAAGUGCUAUAACAUACCCGUCAUCCCGGACGACGAUUGGUUUUGCAGGAGUUGCUCUCAGGAUGAUGUAUUGCUGGGCGCAAAAACGACCCCGAAGAAACAGACUGGCGUGGCCAAGUCCCCCGAAAUCCCUAGUAUACCGAAUUUGGAAGAGCAUCUCCGGCGUACGCAGCGUGUGCUGCUGGACCGCUGCUCAGGAAAUCGUCGCAUUAAGCUCCGGGGCCAGACUGAGGCUUACGACAAGACCUUUCAGCUUGUGGAGCAAACCGUCUUGGCUGGAGAGGGCAAUUCGAUGAUGAUCAUAGGCGCGAGAGGUUGUGGCAAGACCACGUUGAUCGAGGAAGUCAUUUCCAAUCUCAAAGCUGAUCACCAAGAUGAGUUCCACGUGGUACGCCUCAAUGGGUUCAUCCAUACCGAUGACAAGCUAGCUCUUAAGGAGAUAUGGCGUCAACUCGGCAAGGAGAUGGACCUUGAAGACGAGCUAGUAAACAAGACCAGCAAUUACGCUGAUACGAUGGCCUCGCUACUAGCGCUCUUGUCGCAUCCCGCGGAGAUCAUGGGAGCUGAGGACGGCGUGACGUCCAAGUCGGUCGUCUUCAUCAUCGAUGAGUUCGACCUGUUCGCGACACACGCCCGGCAAACUCUCUUAUACAACUUGUUCGACGUAGCCCAGGCGAGGAAGGCGCCGAUUGCGGUGCUGGGGUUGACUACCAGAAUCGACGUCGUCGAGAGCCUAGAAAAGAGGGUGAAGAGUCGGUUCAGCCACCGAUACGUCUAUAUGUCUCUCCCCAAGACGCUGGCGGCCUACUGGGACGUCUGCAAGCAGGGGCUCUCGGUCGACGAGGAGGACCUCGAGUCUGAGGGUUUCGACACCGACCUCGAGGGCUUUUACGAGUUCCGGGACUAUUGGGACAAGAAGAUCGAGGCCUUACGCAAGACGCAGAAAUUCGAAGACCACCUAGAGUUCCAUUACUACACGACCAAAUCGGUGCCGGGAUUCCUCACGUCGUGCAUCCUACCGCUCUCAGUGCUAUCCGCCUCGUCGUUGGACCUGUCGAUACCCUCGUCGUCCUCGGCGGGAUGCGUCUCGCUCGAGCCUCCGGGGUCGAAACUCCACCUGAUCGAGGCGCUCUCGGACCUGGAGCUGUCGCUGCUCAUCUCGGCGGCGCGCCUCGACAUCAUCGCGCACACGGACACGGUCAACUUCGCCAUGGCGUACGACGAAUACAGCUCGCAGAUGGGCAAGCAGCGGGUGCAGUCGACCGCGUCGGGCAUGCUGGCGCUCGGGGCGGGCGCGCGGACCUGGGGCCGGGCGGUGGCGGCGGUGGCGUGGGAGCGUCUGGUGCUACUCGGCCUGCUGCUCCCGGCCGGCGUGGGCGGGAGGAGCAGCGCGGUGCACGGCGGGCUGGAGGGCAAGAUGUGGAAGCUCGAGGUCGCGCUAGAGGAGAUCCCGGCGGCCCGCGAGCUGCCGGGAUUUCUCGCGCGGUGGUGCAGCCAGAUCUGACCGGCUUGGUGGGGGGACAAGUCGGAUGCUAGGCCGUCGCCAGACGGGGUAUAACUAUGCCUAUAGUUAUUUGUCUAAUAUAGGUCCUGCCCUGCCUACCUGCAGUUGUAUAUGUAUAGAUAGAUGGAUAUAUAUAUAUAUAUAUAUAU